AUGAGGCCACCGAGAAGGUCGAUCCACGUCGUGACGACAUGGGUGCGACGACAACCGCCGAAGGUGAAGGCUUUUUUGGCCGUUGUAGCAGGUAUGUUAGCUCUGGUGUUGCUACGAGUCAUCGUGAACGAUCAUGACAAUCUCUUCGUCGCCGCCGAAGCUGUUCACUCCAUUGGAAUCACUGUCCUUAUCUAUAAGUUAAUGAAGGAAAAAACUUGUGCUGGGCUGUCACUCAAAUCCCAGGAACUAACAGCUAUAUUUCUGGCUGUUAGACUGUACUGUAGUUUUGUCAUGGAAUAUGACAUACACACCUUCCUUGAUUUAACUACUUUUGGUACCACCCUGUGGGUUAUUUAUAUGAUUCGUUUUAAACUAAAGUCAAGUUACAUGGAGGACAAAGACAAUUUUGCCAUAUAUUAUGUGUUGGUACCUUGUGCUCUAUUGGCUUUGUUCAUCCAUCCAUCCACAUCACAUCAUAUUAUCAACAGGAUUUUAUGGGCAUUCUGUGUAUACCUGGAAGCUGUUUCGGUGCUACCCCAACUGCGAGUGAUGCAAAACACAAAGAUUGUUGAACCAUUCACAGCUCAUUAUGUGUUCGCAUUGGGUGUUGCAAGGUUCUUGAGCUGUGCUCAUUGGGUUCUCCAGGUUUUGGACAGCCGUGGCCAUCUGCUAACAGCUUUGGGCUAUGGAUUGUGGCCUUCUAUGGUUCUUAUCUCAGAAAUUGUUCAAACUUUUAUAUUAGCAGACUUCUGUUACUACUAUGUGAAAAGUGUUUUCGGAGGACAGCUUGUGUUACGCCUUCCUUCUGGAGUAGUGUAA